CAGGAAUGUGUAGUAGCACUCAAACUAAUUUACCGCACCGACUCUGUCGCACUCCCGCAGGGCAUCACCCUCUUGUUUGGGACGCGCUUUCUGGAUUAUCUCCCCGUAGUUUGACACAACAGCUGUUCCCUCUAGUCGACCCUUUUAUCAUGCAAGUUUUUACUUGAGCGCAUCAGAAAAUCGCCUCUGUUGUAUUUUUUAAUUUUUGGUGGAGGAAUCCUGUUUCACUUCAAAUUCGACUUCAAUGCCAGAUUCAGCGAUGAUGAGCAAAAACGGAAUGCUGACAACGAUCCACACGAGGAUAAGUGCCGACCCUUUCACAGCCAAUUACGACUUGGCCGGCAAAGAGCUGGGCAGGGGAAAGUUUGCGGUGGUAAAAAAGUGCAUUGAGAAGGCAACGGGGAAGCAGUAUGCUGCCAAGUUCUUGCGAAAGCGACGGAGGGGCAAGGACUGUCGCAUGGACAUCUUAAACGAGAUCGCCGUGCUGGAGUCGGCCAAGGCAAACCCCUAUGUGGUGGCACUGCACGAGGUCUACGAAACCAACACCGAAAUCAUCCUCGUUCUGGAGUGCGCUGCCGGUGGAGAAAUCUUCGACCAAUGUGUAACGGAUGACGGCACGGCCUUCACAGAGAAAGAUGUGAUCCGGCUGGCCAAGCAGAUCCUGACUGGAGUGGCCUUCCUGCAUCGGAACAAUGUGGUGCACCUGGAUCUGAAACCCCAGAAUAUCUUGCUGACCAGUGCCAGACCUCUGGGGGACAUUCGUAUUGUGGACUUUGGCUUGUCCAGACGCAUGGACAACAUCACAGAAGUCAGGGAGAUCGUGGGUACCCCAGAGUAUGUGGCACCAGAGAUCCUGAACUAUGAACCCAUUAGCACUGCAUCAGACAUGUGGAGUAUCGGGGUCCUGACCUACGUCAUGCUGACGGGCCAGUCUCCCUUCGUGGGUGAAAACAACCAGGAGACAUUCCUCAACACCUCUCAGGUCAACAUAGACUAUACGCAGGACACAUUUGAGGGGAUCUCCUCCCUGGCUGUUGACUUCAUCAAGUCCUUGUUGGUUAAAAACCCCAGGAAGAGAGCCACAGCAGACGAAAGCCUCAACCACCCCUGGCUGAACUCGCUCCCCCAUCCCCAUCCUCACCCGCACCUCCACGCUAGGUCGGCCUCCUCUUUGGACGAGCCGGAGACGAGCCAGUCGGAGUCGGAGCCCGAGAGCCCAGCUCCCUCCCCUGAGCUUGACUUGAUCGGGUCGUACCUCAUGUGCCCGGGCCAGGGGGAGCUGAAGACGGGCCGUGCCGCCUUCUCCUUCAGCGAGUCCCCCUUUCCCACUCGACCUGAGAUACAGCAGGAGCUGAUGUGCUGAAUGACAUUUCACAGGUGGAGAGAGACUGAAGGAAUUCAAACUCCACUGAGCAGACGCUGAAAGCCAGUGAGCCUGCAGCUUCUUGGUCAUUUGACUCAGGGCCAUGCUAUACAGAUGCUGUAUGCCUGCUGCUGGCUGCUUAUACUGCUGUGAUGUCUGUGAGCUGGGCUGUGUGUUAUUUGAUACCUCUGCAUUUGUGUGACACAUACACGCCACUCCGUGCUGAUUUAUGAUUUCACGGAAGGAAUGUGAGAGGAAUGAAGACGCAGGAGAAAGAAGUGGGAGAAGACGCACACGAGGACUUUGUCGCAGGACUGCACGGCUGCCUUAAAAGUGACAGAACUGAACCGGGCUCCGCUUAACACUGUGGCUAGUUCACCCCUGCACGCACACUGGCUUCUCUUUUUACCCAAUUAGCCUUUUAAACUGGGUUUCAGAGGAGAGGCAGCCUCUCGCUUCCUUGGGAAAUGACUUCACUCACUGUGUGCUCUCAUCAAAACAAGUUAUGCUUCAGCUGACCCAGACAUACCUUCUGUGGUGGGUUUUGUUGAAGGAAGUAAAGGGUUUUGACAGAUGGUUUUGCUUAACAAGAAUUAAAGCAAAAGGACAGCACCUAUGCUGAAGCCAGACGUUAACUGUUCCACUGGUUUAUAUGUUUAUUUAUGUGUUUGUUAUACCACUUCACCCCUUAAAUAUUCAAAGCCACAUCAAUGCCUGAGUUUAAGAUGGAAAUAGUAGCAUUGGUUUUUUUUUUUAAGGACAAUCUUAAGCACUUUUUUAUUUUGUUCAUUGGACUUCCAUGUAAUAGUCAGAAACCAAAGGCUCAUCAAGCACAGUCAGCUCUCACACAAUGUACUGUACAUGUUAACCAUUUUCCACCACCCACUGUUUUGGUCACAUUACCUUUUUUUCACCAAGUGCCACAUUUUCAACCUCACUUCUGUGUUAAUAUUACAGUUUUACUGUACUGUUUGUUUUGUUGGCUAUUGCACAAGUUGCACAAGUUUUUUUUUUUGUACUUAACUGCGAGUUUGCCACUAGGUUUCGUGCUCUUCACAUAUUGUGGAAACAUCAGUCUUGGAAAGAGGGAAUGGCAGGGGUUGAAAGCAACAAUUCGGUUUUGCUUUAGAAUUGUAGUAGAUGAAUAAUGUCAUGGUCAACUGAAGGGCCCAGAUUUGUAUAAAUAUGUUUGCCUUCAGAUGCUUGGGAGCAGAGAAACUGGGAUUUCUUAAAGUACUGAAAUGUAUAUUGUGAGUUAGUAUUAAGAUUAAUCUGAAAAGAUAAUUGAUGUGUUUUUUUUUUUACCAGUGUAUGAAUGUUAACAUCAUUAUAUCAUGUCUUAUUUUGUACGUUAACUUUUACUUAUUACUGUUGUUUUCUGCUCAUCAAUAUCAGGCAGGUUUGCACUUGUCCUUGUGGACGUUAUGUUAAAAUUAAUAAAUGUUGAUGGCAUGCAUUGCAAAAUGUAACGAAGAAAAAUACAUGAGCAUUUUGUAUAACU